AUGGCGACCUCCUCCACACCCAGGCGUAUCCUCAUCGUCUACACCGGUUCAAGAGGUGACUGGCAGCCGUAUGUUGUUGCUGGCACCAUCUUGCGUGAAGCUGGUUACGAGGUGCAUCUGUGUGGCCCAGGUGAUGCUGCAGGGAUGGCCGCUGACCAUGACCUUCCGUUUCAACGCGUUCGUCAGAGCAUCCUCCGGAACUGGCCCGACAAAUUCUCUGAUGCCAUCAGCCACGAGAAGAUGCCCACAGUACCGGUAAGGUCUGACCGAGAUGAGAUGAUUGCGGAGAGGAAGGCUCUCUACGAUUUGUUCUCGACUUUCAAGCCAGAGCUCGUUCUCACCGCCUUUAUGACCCUGAUCGAGGUCAGUAUCUUCAGCGAGAUCUUCGACGACAUCCCUUUCGUGAACUUCGCUCUUCAGACACCGGCGGGACGUGACUGGAACAUGGCCAGCAUCAACCUUCCGCGAUUAUUGAAACCUCUGAACUGGCAACUCAACAUGUUCAUGAUGUCAAUGAUCCUCAAGAUGCAACGGAAGGAGCUAGACUGCAUCCCGGAAGUCUUGCCUCCGGAGCUGCGCAAGUCCAUGCCCAAAAAGAUCACAACGCAACCUUGGCUGGAGCACUGGUCAGAACAAGCAGUGUUUCCAAAUCUUGUCGCACAAAGUACAGUCAUCAAUGGCGAUGAUUGGGGAAAGCACUACAAAACAGUCGUUUCGCUUGGUCCGCUCAUGCUGGCGCCGAGCAGUCAGUCAGGGCAUGAGUUUGGCAGCGACCAGAUGCAGCAGAUGGAAGACUUUCUCGCCCAGGGGGAUGCUCCGGUCUACAUCGGCUUUGGGUCCAUGAAGGUCUUCACGCCCAAGUAUAUGACUUUGCUCUGCGCCCGUGCCUUGCACCUUACCGGCCUGCGUGGCGUGAUCUGUGCAGGUUGGGCGGGUAUAGACCUGCAGCAUGUGGAAGGUGAAGCUGACGAGUUGGAGCUGACUGAGUACAUCAAUCGCAACGUGCUCUUCAUGCCCAAGUCACCUCACGGCCUCCUCUUCCCGCGGUGCCAGGCCAUCGUUCACCAUGGUGGCGCAGGAACCAUGAAUGCCUCCGUCCGCUCGGGGAAACCAACCAUCAUCAUACCGAUUUUGUUAGACCAGUAUGACCAUUCAAGAAAGAUCAACGAGAUGGGCAUCGGAAAAGGCCUGAAGCAUCUUCGGCAUCAGACACCCUCGACAAUCGCUGCAGCAAUCAACGAGUGCAUUAACUCGCAGUCGAUCCGGACGAAGGCAGAGGAAGUUGGCUCAGCCAUGCGCCGUGAAGAAGAACAGGCCCCAGUAAAGCUGACGCAGUUCAUUCAGGACUACUUCCGGGACUACGUGGAUGGCGGCCGCUUCAAAAGCAUCAUGAGAGACGCGCGAGAGCGACGAGCGCAGCAGUGCUGCAAGUGCUGA